AUGCACCUGCUCCACGUACCGCCCACGCCCCGACCCUCGCUUUGCCGCCAACCGCUGUAUAAAAGCCCGCCCUCUUCCCUCCGUACCCCCCCUCCCAAUCCACCCUUCCACGCCUACGACACACCGCCCCCCCCACCGUUUACCAACCCCCCUCCCCCCCCCCCCUCCACACCUCGCAAUGAAGUUCUCCACCAUCGCCGUCCUCGCGCUCCUCUUCGCCGCCGUGGCGCUCCCCGCCCGCGCGUUCCCCGCCGUCGACCUGACCGUGCUGAACCGCCAACCCGGGUCGAGCCCGUCCGCGGAGCCGUCCGUGAGCCCGGAAAUGAGCCCGGAAAUGAGCCCAGACAUGAGCCCCGAGGAGAGCCCCGAGGACGACGACGACGUGUGCGUGUCCGAGUCGUACCUGCUGUCGAUCGGCCACUCGCGCCGCGACUUCGUGCACGCGGACGCCCCCAUCGCGUCCGUGCUCUGCCCCGCCGACCGCGCCGUGCCGUGCGCUACCAAGCACCACAUGCUCCGCGUCGACGGCCGCGCCCUCAGCUACGAGCAGUACUGCGAGACCGUCGCAUGCUCCUCCCGCAUCGAGAAGGUCAACUCCGUCUACUCCCACAUCUGGCAGGAGCGUGACCUCGGCUCCGUCCACCUCACCAUGUUCGACGCCCGCUACCACGAGCUCCCGCAAAAGGCCCUCCAUAUGGCCAUGAGCGCCUCGCGCGCCGUGUUGCGCUCGGAGUAGACUAGCCCGUGGUGCCUGUCGCACGCCCACUCACACUUCUUUCCUGCCAGUCGAGGCCUUUUGCUCAAUGGGCGCUCGCGGCGCGAGCGUUUCCGGACCGCGCCGCCUGCCGUGGCGGCAGCCGGGCUGAGAGUCGCAAUCCCCCGCUGCCGCGCCGUAUGCAACGUCGCUAGUUGUGCUUGUAGGUUGUGGUCUCGUGAUAUAUCAAGAGCCUUUUUUUGUCUUGUUGAAUGCCCGCCCUGUAAACUUCGAAUAUUAUCUUG